UUAAAUACACUGAGCAGCAUCUUCAAACUUGUUUUCUUUACGCACGGAAUCACGAACCAUUUGUCGAGGAAAGAUAUCAAAAUGAGGCUGACCGUUUUACUCUUAUCUUAUUUAGUUAUCAACUCUGUAAAAGCAAGGUGCCAGUAUGGUGAAGUUGAAUACAAAGGAUACCCAUUCUCACCUUUUCCGAUAAGCAAGACUGUUGUGUUUAACAGCCCUUUCGAACAAGAACCUGCUUUCAUGUACGGCAUCAGAAUGUUGGAUAUUAACUAUGCAGAGAAUACCAGAGCCUCGGUAGAACUGUUGAAGCUGACCCGGACUGAGUUUACCCUAUCCCUGAAGACAAUGCACGAUACCAAACUGUAUGGACUUGGUGUGACAUGGAUGGCGUGUCCUUGAUACAAGCACAACAGAACUUCCCAUGCAAAUACCUCAGAUAUUUCCUCAUCAGUCAGAAUCCAGUUCUUGUGUCUGUGUUUACAAUAUGAUAAUGUUAUAACUGUAAAACCUGCGUGUUUGAGUUUAAUUUUAUUUGUUCUAUCAUUGAGUUUAGAAAUAAGUAAAAGAUUAUGAUGAAA